UGGGGAUAUGUGGCAGCGGGGGUGUGGUCGAGCGUCCGUCCGGAGAGAAAGCAGUAAGGGCACUUACACCUGAGCUAGAUUAUGUCUAACACCUGUCUCUAAUUCCAGUGAGCAGGCAGAGAGGGUCUGGCACAAGGGAGCCUACAGUGCUCGAGGAAGCUUAUGUGUUUAUGUUUGUGAAGCUAAUGUGUUUACGUUCAUGAAGCUAAUGAGUUUGAGUGCCUAUGUGCCUCUGAGACUGUUGAGUUUGUGAAGCUGUAAAGCAUUGAAGUGGCCGAUUAAAAGCCUUUUCGGAGGUAUCUUGGGAUGCACAGCACAAGCAACCAUCUAUUUGGCUGAUCCCCAAUUUGUCGACAUAUGCAGUAUUAUGGGGCUCGUCUGGGAACAUGUGUAGUGUUCACUAUAACCACAGCCUUACGGCCAUGAGCGGCAGUGACAUCAUGGCCUAUUCUCUGAGCCUAGAACAGAAAACAGCAUUUGCAUUUGUGGGGAUGUUGCUGGUGUUUCUCGGGUUAUUGAUCGUCAGGUGUUUCAGGAUCUUGUUGGACCCUUACAGCAGCAUGCCCUCAUCCAGCUGGGGUGAUGGGCUGGAGGGGCUUGAGAAAGGGACGUUUGAAUACGCCCUGACCUGAGACCACGCUCCUUCCUGGAGAUCAUGCCCCAGUGGAAGCAACACCCUACAGAGUCCACACCCCCAGUCCAUGGCUUCACUCUAGAAUCCUCAAAACCAUAUAAACCUUCCAUAAGGACCUCUUUGCACCAUUAGAGGUCGCACACACAGGAUGCAUUCUUGUGUUUAAAAAUGGAAUGGAACAGAAUAAAGGGGCCUCAUGUUAAAAAAGCUCGACAAAGCUUGACACGUCUUAAAAACAUGAUGUCAUAGCAUGCAAAAACAGAAAGCUGCAAAGCAAUGGCCAAAGAUGUCUGUCUGAUGUAUGUGUACAUGGACCAACAUUUACAAAAUUGCACAGACAAAGUGCAAGAAAGCAUCCUGUGUGAACGGCCCCUAGGGGUGUGAGAAUUCAUCAAAACAACACACUGUAAACAUGGCCUGCUCUUAUGGCAUCAUACAUUGCUAUGGUGCACGAUUGCCUGUUUGGAGUAUGACGUCAUGCAAUUUAGCCAAUGGGCAUCUCAGGGAAGAAGAGAACAAUUUGAACUAACAGAAAACAGGAUGCCACCCUUGUGUGGAAAUGACAUCAGGAUGUAAACAGGGUAAUUUCACCCGUUCAUUUGUGCAGUCUGUCUGUGUUUAGAUUUUCUAGCUUUACAGGUUCAGUGCAGCUUAAGGCCUGAAACAUACUCUAUGCCAGUACAAGUAUUAGACUGCAAUUCAUAACACAACGCAAGUAUGCUUUGCAUUCUUAAUGUUGUCACCAGGUGCGUAAUAGCGGGCACUAGCGUAAAGGGUCCUCUUCUGCUGUCACUUUUCUCUUUCAGGUCAUCUACUGUCAUGGUGGAGCAAAAGUUUGAAGAGAAUCUUGUUGAGCAAUUUAUAGCUAGCUAUCUGAAUAAUAAUGGAACAGACAUUUGAAAGUAAUCUAUCGCCCCCUGGAGUAUGGAGGUUUCUUAUCGCCAGAGCGAUACACAGAUGCACGUUAAAGGAAUGUUCAGGGUUUAAUACAAGUUAAUCUCAGUUGACAGAAUUUGCAGAAUAAUGUUGAUUUCCACAUAAAAUAUCUUUGACUUGUCCCUUGUUUAUUUAAAAAAAAAAAAAAAAAGGCACUUUCAGUGGAAGUGAAUGGUAACAUUAGACAACUUUUAUUUGAACAUUUAUGGACUGGCUCUAUUCACUACCAUUGAAAGCACCUUACUGUAACCGCAAUAUUUGCUUUAAAAAAUUCAAACGAGGGCCGAAUUGAACAGAUUUUCUGUGAUAAUCAACAUUAUGCCACAAAUGCACUCAUUUGAGCUUAACUUGUACUGAACCCGGAACAUUCCUUGACAUAUGUACAACGAGACAGGUCGCUUUCAAAAAGUUGGUCAAGAAUUUGUGUCUGCAUAGUUGCAUAAAAUAUGUUUCUGGACUAUCUCUCCAGUUUACAGUGAUUGAGGCACUAAAACUACAAUAUCGUGGUGGUAUGUGUUUCUGAGAAAUAUGGAGCAGUGACGUCUCAAUGCAGUGCAAACAUCUCUGUAGACACAUGUCUGUUUUUCUGUACAUGUGCUGAAUUAUGUUUCAUGCAAAUACUUACAAUCAGUUUAUCUUCACUAACUGCCUAUUAGAAUAUCUGUACACAGAUAGAAAAACCAUAGAAACUUUACAGGACGAUGAAGAUUCCUGAAUGCCGUGUUUGAAAUUGUGAAACAUCUUUCCACUUCCAUGCAGUUUCUCCUGUUGGUUUGUGUGACUGAGGAAGGGUGUGUCACCAUGACAACAGCAGGAAAAUGUGAGCUUGAUACUAGCGAUAAACCAAUGAAAGCAUAGCUCAUCUCUAGUAUUCUGGUGCAGUGAAUUUGCCUUACUGUAACUCAACUGGAUUUCUGUGCCUUCAUUUAGCAACACUAUCAAAUAUUCUGCAGUGUUUGUGUGUGUGUGUGUGUGUGUGUGUGUGUGUGUGUGUGUGUGUGUGUGUGUGUGUGUGUGUGUGUGGUGGGUUAAUAUAAGGAUGAAGAAGACCGAUGCUGAAAAGUGCAGAAUGAUCCUCACAUUGAUGAUCCGUGUUCACCUGCUGGAAUAAAACAAUUCUGGACCU